AUGAUCCAACCAAAUGCACCCUAUCCCGCCUCAAGAAAGGAAGAACUUUCCAGUAGUUGGCCAACCCCUCUGGAAAAGAAGGAAACGAUUUGUGAAUCCAAACGUCUUAUUGAAGUUUGCAACCAAAUCCAAUCGAACAACUGGACCACCAAGAAGUUCAUGCAUGCUUUCCUUAAGAAUCCCCACAAUGAAAUAGUCAAUCGGCGCAGAUUAUGGGCAACAACUGGCUUGAAUUCAACGAUGGAUCUCCUCAAGGAAAUUGUUCAUAUCAUCAAGAAGAAUGAAGAAGGACGUGAAAUGUGGUCCAAUUUUGUACUGGAGGAAGCCAUCCAUAUUGUUGAAGGUCAGCGCCCACCACGUGGAAAUUACCCUAAUGGAUGCUUCCAGAGCAGCCGAACGGUCUCACCAGAAUAUCUUAGUGAAGAAUCGAAGAGAAGAGACAUAGAACAACUCACUAAAUCACAUACACCUUUUCUCUAUGACCUUCUCAUCGGAGUACUAUCCAACUCUGACGACGUAGCCGAUGAAGGUGAUGAAGAUAGUACGAACGAAGAACCGGUCAAUUUUAGCAAUACUGAUUGCUUGCCCGAGGCGGACUUGGAAGAAGCAAGAAUACUUCAACUCGAAGGAAUCCAAUAUGCCCGGUUGUCUAAUGCUCAGCGCAAACACCACCGGUCCCAAAGUAUUGCAAGUGUUGUCUGUGGCAUGAUUUCCUUUGCACGAAACCGACGACAUAAUGGCAUGCAACUCCGCAAUGGUAUUGAGUUUGUUGCUUGUGGGGUCACCGAACGUGUCAACAAUUAUCUGCUGUACCAUGGUCUAUCUUGUAGUCAACGGACGGCUAUGCAAGCUCUCAAGACCUUAUCUGUCUGUGCCGAAAGAAAAAUCAGGAGGUCUUUUUCAAGCAAGCUGGCUAAUGUCGUGGCUCCCAUGGUCUGCAUUGACAAUAUCGAUAUUGAACAACGUGUUCACACUCACUCAGUCGGUCACCAGAGCCGCAUGUUCCAUGGAACUUGGGGAUACAUCCACAUCCCGUCCCCUCUCACUUUGAAGGCACUCAACCCAGCAGAGCUCACUCUUGAUCGAUUCACUCAAGCAUUACAACAGGCUCCAAGUUUGCAAAUUGAGCCUUACAUGUUCCUUCCAACCCCGGAAUCCAAAGCACAUUACAAACUUGUCUGGAAGAGCCAAAUCGCCAAUGUCAUGCACCAUUAUAUUGCUGUGCCCAACAAGCCUUCUGAAGCCAUCAGUCUGACACCACCCCCCAUCGAUCAAAUCCCAGCCACACCUCCUCCGACAAUACACAUGAUUAAGCUAAUGGAUGCCUCAGACAACAGCGCCGAGGGCAUUGGCCAGGUCUUGGAAUCAAUUGCUCAGCAAGCAGGAAUGCCAGCCGACAAGUUCUUCAGCCGAUUACAAGUCAUGGACGGCGACUUAGGAACGUGCCGUCUUUUUAAUAGUCUCCGAGCACUGCGCACACCAAGUGCCUACAGCCAACACAAUCUACACAAUGUGGCUUUUCAGCUAGGCGCCGCACACACAUUGUGGAACAUAGCACAAGCAAUCUUUAAAGCUCACUUCGGCGACACAAGCAACUCCCUAGACACAGGUGCUUGGCGACUUCUUGAUGCCCUCGGGGUCCCAGCAGACAAGGCAUUCCCAAAGAAUGACUUUGGCUUGAUGAUCAAACAUAUGGAGCGGGUACAUGAAGCUACCAUAUUGUAUGGUUUGAAGUCAAUAAUGAACACUACAAACGAGCCCAUGGUUGAAUUCAAUUCAAGUAACCCCAAACCCAAAAUUUCAACGACAUGUUGGAAUGCAAUCAUUGAAAAGUUUUAUGAGACCUAUUGCACCGGCAAAGCGCGACAUGAAGCAAAUGAACAUUCAGACCCAAAGCUCCACAACAUUCUGCUUCGAUUGCACGAGUUCUCCACUGUCAUCGAGGCCAAUCGAGCCAUGAAGGGUGGGGAGAUUGGGAGGUUGAUGAAUGUAUGGAAGAUGUGGUCGGUCAUGGGCCAAUCGUUGAAGGGACUUCAAAACUACUCUUCCUAUCUUCCUCGCAUGGUGAUAUUUCUGAAUGAGAUUCUCCCUCCAGCAUUGAGUAAACUCUUUCAACACUCAAUCUUAAUUUCCCCAAAGGGUCGUGAUGGUCAUUUCAUGGCCAAGGAUCAUUACCUAGAAAAACAAAACUAUUGGUUAAAAUAUUUCUAUAACCAUACUGGUGUGGGUACACAGAUUGUCAGCCUUAGAGCCAGCCAAGCUGGCCAAAAGACUGCUUAA